AUGCGCCCAGGAGACAAAUCACCAGAGGAGCUUCCGAGAGCUGAGAUGGGAUCCUGUCAGCACACCAUGGUCCACAUCCAUCUCCUCUUGCUGGUUCUGGCAGAAGGCACCACCAGAGUCUACUAUCUGGCAUACGGGAGGACAGCCUCUAAAUUCCUCCAGCCUGCCAAGAACAGAAUCGGGAGCAUUUACAAGAAGUCUGUCUAUAAACAGUAUUCCGAUUCCACAUAUACGACAGAAGUACCCCGACCUGCCUGGCUGGGAUUCCUUGGCCCCGUCAUCCAAGCUGAAGUGGGUGACACAAUCACAGUACACCUGAAAAACUUUGCCACUCGGCCAUUCACCAUCCAUCCUCACGGUGUCUUUUACGAGAAGGACUCCGAAGGGUCUCAGUAUCCAGACAUGUCCUCACGGGAUCUCAAGAAGGAUGAUGCUGUCCUGCCCGGAGGGAACCACACCUAUAUCUGGACUGUUCCUGAGGAUCACGGCCCAACUGCUGAUGAUCCAACAUGCUUGACUUGGAUCUACCAUUCUCACAUUGAUGCACCGAAAGAUAUUGCCACUGGCUUAAUUGGGCCGUUACUUAUAUGUAAAGAAGGAACUCUGAAAAGUGUUUCUCAAAGACGCCAUGAUGUGGAUCUCAGUUUCUUUCUGAUGUUCAGUGUGGUUGAUGAGAACGAAAGCUGGCACCUGAGAGAAAACAUUGUGUCUUUCUGUGGAGAUCCAGAAUCCGUUGAUGAGGAAGACGAGGCGUUCAGGGAGAGCAACCAGAUGCAUGCCAUUAAUGGUUAUGUGUUUGGUAACCUACCCACGAUGACCAUGUGCACUGGGGAUCGUAUAUCGUGGCAUCUCUUUGGGAUGGGCAAUGAGAUGGACGUCCACACUGCCUUCUUCCAUGGACAGACCCUAACUGUCCGAGGCCACAGAACCGACGUGGUCAGCCUCUUCCCAGCCACUUUUGUCACAGCUGAAAUGAUCCCUCAUAACCUUGGGAAGUGGCUGCUGAGCUGCCAGGUCCACAAGCACCUGCAAGCAGGGAUGGAGGCUUUCUAUGAGGUCAGAAACUGUUCCUCUCAAGACCCAGAGCAAGCCCUGCGAGGGAAACCACGGAAAUAUUACAUCGCAGCAAAGGAAGUUCAGUGGAAUUAUGGACCCUCGGGAUUAGACCAGAGCACUGGGGAAAGUCUGCAGGACCCACACAGCUUCUCAGAGUUGUUUUUUAAGAAGAGUUCCACUCGGAUUGGGGGGACAUACUGGAAGGCCAGAUAUGUGGAAUACACAGAUGAAACUUUCCGGGUGGAGAAAGAACGGCCAGAAGAAGAGAAGCACCUUGGUAUACUUGGACCCGUCAUCAAAGCCGAAGUGGGAGACACCAUCCAGAUCACCUUUGCAAACAAAGCCUCCUGGCCGUUCAGUAUCCAACCCCACGGCGCGUUUUAUGUCAAGGAGUGGGAGGGAACCCCCUACCAUGACGGCUUCUCCCGGAAUGGAGCUGUGGUGAAACCUCUGGGGAACUUCACGUACCACUGGACAGUCCCCCAGGACGUGGGGCCCACAGCCACAGACCCUCCUUGUCUGACCCGGAUGUAUUCCUCUGCAGUAGAUGCCACCAGAGACACCAGCGCUGGCUUAGUGGGCCCCUUGCUGAUCUGUCGGGCUGGAGCCCUCAGUGAAGAGAACAAGCAGAAAGGAGUUGACAAAGAGUUUUAUCUUUUGUUCGGAGUGUUUGAUGAAAACCUUAGCUGGUAUCUGGAUGCAAAUCUGAAAUAUUACUUGAGGGAAGAAGAGGCUUUGGAGGAUCGCGGCUUCCAGGAGUCCAACAGGAUGCACGCCAUUAAUGGAUUCAUGUUCAGUAACUUGCCUAGUCUGGACGUCUGUACAGGAGAAAAGGUCUCCUGGCACCUCUUGGGCCUGGGCACUGAAACCGAUGUCCAUGGAGUGGCCUUCCAAGGAAAUACUGUCCUGAUGGAUGGGAUGAGGCGAGACACAGCCAGCCUCUUCCCUCACACAUUCGCCACAGCAUUCAUGCAAAUGGACAACGAAGGGUCUUCUGAGGUCUACUGUCAGACAAGCAACCAUUACCAAUCUGGGAUGAGGGGACGUUACUCAGUUCAGCAGUGUGGGAAGAAGAAGGAACCUUUUCUCAGCAGACGAUAUGAGAGAGUGAGGACUGUUUACAUCAUGGCAGAGGAGGUGGUUUGGGACUACGCCCCAGACCGCAGUUGGGAGCUGGAAAGACACAAUGGCUCUGGUGAGGAAAGCUACGGCAAUGUAUUUCUCAGCCGUGGGAAUGGACUCCUUGGCUCCAGGUACAAGAAAGCUGUCUACAGGGAAUAUACGGAUGGGACAUUCAAGACCCCGAAGAACAGGAGCAGUGAUGAAGAACAUUUGGGCAUCUUGGGGCCGUUCAUUUGGGCAGAAGUGGGCGAAGUCCUCAACCUUGUGUUCAAGAACAAUGCUACACGGCCUUAUUCCAUUCAUGCCCAUGGGAUAGUGGAGAAGAGCAAGACGGAGCCUGAAGUGGCAAAGCCUGGUGAAAUUGCAACGUACCGCUGGGAUGUUCCUGAACGAUCUGGCCCAGGACCAAACGAUUCUGCCUGUAUUUCUUGGGUCUAUUAUUCCAAAGUUGACCCAGUAAAGGAUCUCUUUAGCGGCCUCAUUGGGCCCUUGAAGGUCUGCCGUAAAGGGAUGUUGGAUUCUGAUGGGAGAAUUAAAGGCGUAAGCAAAGAGUUUGCCCUCCUCUUCUUGGUUUUUGAUGAAAAUCAGUCCUGGUACUUGGAGGAGAAUGUGAAGAAUUACGCUGCUCAGGGAGAGUGGCCCCGUGGGCACCAACAGGAUGAAGAAUUUGUGGAAAGCAACAAAAUGCACGCCAUCAACGGUAAACUCUAUGCAAACUUGCCCGGGUUGACGAUGUAUCAAGGAGACUGGGUGAACUGGUUCCUGCUGGGGAUGGGCCAGGAAAUCGAUGUCCACACAGUUCACUUUCAUGCUGAGACAUUCUUAUUCCGAAGCGGCAAGAGCUACAGAGCAGAUGUUGUGGACCUCUUUCCUGGGACUUUUGAAAUGGUGGAAAUGUUGGUUGGCAACCCUGGUACAUGGCUGCUGCACUGCCAUGUGGCUGACCACAUCCACGCCGGCAUGGAGACCCUCUUCACUGUCUUGCCCAGGCCAGGUCCAGUGCUCUUGGAUGCUGAUUCCGAUGCAGAAGUUCCUCUUGACUCGGAAGAGGAGGACUCCGGCCAGAUCCUUUUGUUUGGCGCCAAAGUGGCCCCGGGACAAGUGGAGGCCACCCUCCUCCUCCUCACCAUCGCAGGGAUUGUGCUCUUCCUCAUGGCCAGCGCCCUCCUGGGAGUGGUCGUUUACCUCCAGAGGCAGAGGCGGCUGAGGCGCAACAGGCGCUCCAUCCUGGACGAAGGGUUCAAGCUCAUGUCGACCAAAAAACACAGUGUUUAGAGGG